UGCCCGCUCCCACCUCUAACCCAGGCUGAGAGUAGCUGCUGUUUCUGAGAGGACGAUUCGAGGGGAGGCCCCUGGCGCGGUUUUCUUUGCCUCUCCCUUCCGCAGGCCCUGGCUGUACUUUAGCUGUGCCUAGAGCGUGGUACGUUCUCGUCUACCUACCUGACUUUCUGCAGAAGGCGCCUGUCGUUGGCCUAAUAGUUCCCUGUCGAAAGUGCCGGCCCCCGCGCCGGCACCGGCCGCAGCCGGGUGGGAAGGCUCAAGAUGGCGUGCCUGUUGGAGACCCCAAUCCGCAUGAGCGUCCUCUCGGAAGUAACAGCUAGCAGUCGCCACUAUGUUGACAGGCUAUUUGACCCUGAUCCCCAGAAAGUUCUACAAGGUGUCAUAGACAUGAAAAAUGCUGUAAUUGGAAACAACAAGCAGAAAGCCAAUCUCAUUGUUUUAGGAGCUGUUCCAAGAUUAUUGUACUUGCUUCAGCAAGAAACCUCAAGCACAGAGCUGAAAACUGAAUGUGCCGUGGUAUUGGGGAGUCUUGCUAUGGGUACUGAAAACAACGUCAAGUCUCUUCUAGAUUGCCAUAUUAUCCCUGCCUUACUGCAAGGACUACUGUCUCCAGACCUGAAGUUCAUUGAAGCUUGCCUCCGGUGCCUGCGCACCAUCUUCACCAGUCCCGUCACUCCAGAGGAGCUACUGUAUACAGAUGCCACGGUGAUCCCACAUCUCAUGGCGCUGCUCAGCAGGUCCCGCUACACCCAGGAGUACAUCUGUCAGAUCUUCUCACACUGCUGUAAAGGUCCAGAUCAUCAAACAAUUUUGUUUAACCAUGGUGCAGUUCAGAAUAUUGCUCACCUACUAACCUCAGUAUCUUACAAAGUUCGAAUGCAGGCACUGAAAUGCUUCUCAGUUUUAGCUUUUGAAAACCCCCAGGUAUCGAUGACGCUGGUAAAUGUUUUGGUUGAUGGAGAAUUAUUACCACAAAUUUUUGUGAAGAUGUUACAGAGGGAUAAACCUAUUGAGAUGCAGCUCACAUCAGCAAAAUGUUUAACUUACAUGUGUAGAGCUGGAGCAAUUCGGACAGAUGACAACUGUAUUGUAUUGAAGACACUGCCUUGUUUGGUUCGAAUGUGCAGUAAGGAGAGAUUACUAGAGGAGAGAGUUGAAGGAGCUGAGACACUUGCCUAUCUGAUUGAACCAGAUGUGGAGCUACAGAGAAUCGCUAGCAUAACUGAUCACCUCAUUGCCAUGCUUGCUGAUUAUUUCAAAUAUCCCAGCUCAGUGAGUGCCAUCACUGAUAUUAAAAGGCUUGAUCAUGACUUAAAACACGCUCAUGAACUCCGCCAGGCUGCAUUCAAGCUCUAUGCCUCUCUAGGAGCAAACGAUGAAGACAUCCGGAAGAAGAUCAUUGAGACUGAAAAUAUGAUGGACCGAAUUGUGACUGGCUUGUCUGAGUCUAGUGUCAAGGUGCGGUUAGCUGCCGUCAGAUGUUUGCACAGUUUAUCUAGAUCUGUGCAGCAGCUUCGAACCAGUUUCCAGGAUCAUGCUGUGUGGAAACCUUUAAUGAAGGUUUUACAAAAUGCACCAGAUGAAAUCCUAGUAGUAGCAUCUUCCAUGCUAUGUAAUCUUCUUCUUGAAUUUUCUCCAAGCAAAGAGCCAAUUUUAGAAUCCGGAGCUGUGGAACUACUUUGUGGAUUAACCCAAAGUGAAAAUCCCGCUUUGCGAGUGAAUGGAAUUUGGGCUUUAAUGAAUAUGGCAUUUCAGGCUGAACAAAAAAUAAAAGCAGAUAUUUUACGAAGCUUGAGUACUGAACAGCUCUUCCGGUUAUUAUCAGAUUCAGAUUUGAAUGUGCUGAUGAAGACAUUGGGACUUCUUAGAAAUCUCCUCUCUACUCGGCCUCAUAUAGAUAAAAUAAUGAGUACACAUGGGAAGCAAAUUAUGCAAGCCGUCACCCUUAUUCUGGAAGGAGAGCAUAACAUUGAGGUCAAAGAGCAGACACUGUGCAUCCUAGCCAACAUAGCAGAUGGGACAACAGCAAAAGAACUCAUUAUGACCAAUGAUGACAUCCUGCAGAAAAUCAAGUAUUACAUGGGUCAUUCACAUGUCAAACUGCAGCUUGCCGCUAUGUUUUGUAUAUCAAACCUCAUAUGGAAUGAAGAGGAAGGUUCACAAGAACGCCAGGAUAAAUUACGAGACAUGGGCAUCGUAGAUAUUCUACACAAACUGAGUCAGUCACCAGAUUCAAACCUUUGUGACAAGGCAAAGACGGCACUGCAGCAGUACCUGGCGUGACCGGAGCACCCUGGGCACCUGCGAGCAUCCCACAUCCUUGUUCAAGGAAGUACAGGAACUAGCCUCAUUUGAUUCCUUCUAUUUGCACAAGUCACCUUGGACUGCAGGGAGCUGUUUUGCAAAAGCAAUUUGGUAGGCUUAGAUCUCAAAUUCAUCUUGAGAACAUUUUUUCGAGGUAGUAAUUUCCUCAGAAGACUAUUGUGUUUUGUUUUGUUUUGUUUUCUGAGCUACCUGGACUCUUUGUUAGAACAAUCAAUCAUUUUCCUUUGGACCUACAAUUUUUUGCCUAUGCUGCAGCCACUUUGUGAGUGAGGAUGAAUGUGUCUCUGCACACAUAGGUGUGUGUGCGUGUGUGUGCACGUGGGUCAGAAUGAAUGGAUGUGUGUGUGUGAGGGAUACCUCAAAUUUUUCUUUUCUUAUUUUGUGUGAAAAUCUCUUUUCUACAGAUUUUCCAGGGUUUAAGCAUUGCUUGCUGUAUAAAAAACUUUACUGAAUUAUAUACAGUUUGAAUGAAAUGUUAUUUUAAAAACAAAACAAUUGUUAAGUGUUCCAUAAAGGUUAUGUUGAAUUUUGGUCAGAUGAAUAUUUGUAAGUAAAAAAUAUAUGCAUUUCUGAACCUCAACUUACAUAGAUUUUCUUUAUAAAAAACAAAAAAAAAAACAAAAACAAAAACAAAAA